AUGGGAAUAUUUCGUUGGAACUAUCCCGAGAGUUCUGUGCCGGGUUUUUGGGGAGAAACAACAUCGACUAUUGACUGGUGCGAAGAAAACUAUGUGGUUUCUCCUUAUAUUGCAGAAUGGUCGAACACUUUGACCAACAGCGUAUUCAUACUCACCGCGAUUUAUUCAAUCUACUCUGCGCACAAAAAUAAAUUAGAGAAAAGAUUUUUAUUCAUUGGAUUUGGUUACGGUUUGGUCGGGGUGGGAUCAUGGUUGUUUCAUAUGACCUUGAAGUAUAGGUUUCAAUUGCUGGAUGAGCUACCCAUGAUAUAUGCCAUGUGCAUUCCAACAUGGAGUUUAGUGUGUGAGGCCAAAGAGGCGUUGUUUAAUGGGGAUAAUCAUAAGAAGGUCCCUUUGUUUGAACAGAUAUUUAUCGGCGUCAUUAUUGCUCUGGUCGUCACAACGGUUAGCAUACUCUAUGUUAUCUAUAAGAAUGUUGAUAUUCAUCAAAUAUUGUUUGCUGUACAGAUUGUAGUUGUUGCUGCUGCUGCAGGAAGCCUAACGUACAGAUAUGUCCAUGAUCCGCUCGCUAAAAGAAAUCUCAAGGCUUCUAUGGCGCUUGGUGCACUAUUUUUCUUAUCAGGUUACUUUUCCUGGCUAUUGGAUAUCCAUUUUUGCUCAUUCUGGGUACACAUUAGAAGAAGCAUAUUGGCUUUGCCGCUGGGGGUACUGCUUGAGCUACAUGGAUGGUGGCAUAUACUGACUGGAGUGGGAAUAUACUUCUAUAUUGUCUCUUUAGAACAUUUGAGAGUCAUCACGUUAGACGUUAGCACCGAUUACCUGUUUAUUUGGAGAUGGAAAGUCUUUCCUGAAUUGAUACGGAAAGGGCACAACCCCUCAACAAGAUACUCCCUUGAACUAUUUGGGUCAUACGUAAAUGAUUUGGCAUUUGAAGCUGAAAAGAAGAAAAAAUAA